AUUGACUGUCCUGCGCAAAUCGGCCCGACCAGCCCGUCAGAGGAGCGAGAAGUACUAUAUACAUCCAAGCAUUAUAUAGCAUUUCUAGAUCCUAUUAUUAGCCACCCUGCCCAACUACCCAAACAGCUGGCCUGAGUGGUGCAGAUUGCGCACGAACAACUUCCUGAUCGUCGUCCACUAGUCCGGUGAUCUCAUUCUUGUCGCAUUGCCACUCUUCCUUUCACUGCCCCCCGUGACACUUCUUCUUUUGACGCCCAGAGCCUCUGUAUAACUCCCUAGUAUGUCCAGCGGUGAGCUAUGGUCCACAUUAGUCACCGCAAUCGAUCCCGGUAGUACCAAAGCCAUGCCCAUCAUCCUUCAAUCGACCAUCCAACUUCUGGAGACAGAACUAGCCAAGGCUAGAGCGGCGCUCCAUGAGAUCCAACCUACGGCAUCCUCUUUAUUUACGAAACGAGAUGAGCUCGCUUUGGGUGCCGUGGCAGCAUAUCGUCAAAAUCUCAUCGACCGUGCGCCGGACUUUUUCUACGGCGCGAGUCGGUUGACCCCCAAGGAGCUGGGACUUGUCCCGGCUGUCCGCGAAGUACAGGCGGACGAUGAUGAAGAUGAUCAUGUAAAGACCGCGUCCAAGCAACACCUUCGGCCUGUCCAGCCAAUUGCGCCCAAGCGCGCUUCUUUGGCCGAUGUCUUAUCCAACAGUCUAAUCCUCGACCAUAUGGCCCCAUAUCUGUCAACCUCCUCAUUGUUGGCUCUAGCAUCUACUUCCCGCCAGGUUCGGUCAUCAAUAGUGGACACUCCCUACAUUUUCCGCCACCUUGAUCUGACCCAAUGCCGUGGUGCGAAACCAGCCAGCACAUCUACGACAGACUCGGCGGAGCAAGUAUGGAGUGGUGAGCAAGGGGAAGACUCCGCAGUCGAGGAUGAAGUUCAUUCUGCGCCUCUGAGGGGCAUCUUUGCUAGUCUCCAAAGGCAGUCGAUCCUGCAGGACGUGCGCACAUUGGUUCUGGAUGGACUGUCCGUUCCAGCGGAUUUGCUUGCGGAAAUUAUCUUCACAGAUCGCUUCAACGUCAACAUUCUAUCUAUAAGGGAGUGCCGCCAUCUCAAUGAGCGGAAACUGAUGCAGGUGCUGACCCAUGCGGUACGGCCUUGCCGCCCUAAGGGCACACCCCGCGUUAAAGGAAUCUAUCACUUUACUCCCCUCCAACAGUCUCGUGCGGUGAUCCGCAGCAGAUUCCGCGACUGGUGGAGCUCGAGAUGUGGCAGCCAAUCGUCCAUUACUCCGAGUCCGGAAAACGGAUCUGCGACUGGUGAAGUUGCUGAAAGUGCCACACAGCAACAGGAUGCAUGGUAUCGCUCGUCCGGGCAGCUCUUCAAGCGGAGCAUUGAGGAUGGCUGGGCAGAGACAAUUAAGCAGUGUGAAGGUAUCAUUGCAUUUGACGCUGUUUUGUGCCGUGGUCCUCGUCACGACGUCGAUCUUUCCACUCCCAUGCCCGAAGGCCAGAGUGCAUCUCAGCCAGAGGGCCGGCCGCCGCUUGCGCCAAAACUGGCAACUGUUGCACUAGGACCCCGAGGAUGCGAUGGCUGCCACACCUCACCCGAAGGCCCGACCUUCUGGGGCCAGUCCCCGGAUGAAAACCUUCCCCUGCUGACGCCGCCACCGCUCCACUCUUCCUCUGUAGUCAAGGCAAAAAGGCCGGUGUGGAUUCCGGACGAGCAGCCAAGUCUAAUCGCUCGCUGCACAGAUUGCUUGACAGAUCGGUGGUGCCAUCGUUGCAAUAAAUGGUUCUGUGAGGAUUGCCUGCCUCAUCCAGAGCGUGUACGGAACAAUCUUUCGCCGCACCAGACAGCGUUCAGAAACCCGCAGAGCAAUCUGGGUAGUACUGAACAGUCCGAAGAUCAUAGGGUUCGUAUCUGAGAGACGCCGUAUGAUGUAGAAAAAUUGUCUGACUAAAUUGAACAGCAAUUCAGCCGCGGUGUAAGCAAAGAUUGCUGGGAAUGCGGUCCAACGGUAAGUCAAUGAGACUACAGUUAUGUUUGCCGCUGUUCUAACAGCUUGUGCAGUGUGUCCAGUGCAAGACGGAAUGCCAGCGAACUUGCCAAAGCUGCCGUGGUGAAUAUUGUGUUGAGCACAAUGAGGGAUGUUCGUCGACGAUGGUAUGCUCCUUGAGUCACCCAAACCCCUUUUGCGACUCUCAUUAACCUUGUUGGCAUUCUCACAGUGCGAUUGGUGCAAUGCCAGUACCCGGCAUCGAGUGAGAGAACUGUACUGACAUCCUGUCCGAGUCGAGGCUCCCAUGAGUUAGUUUGGAGCAGACACGCAAUUCUGAG